UAUAAUUCCAAUUUGCACACAGCUGUAAUGAGUGUUAUUAUGUUGUAAACUAAAAUAAUGAAUGGAUUAAUAACUAAUUAUUAUCACAAAUACCAAAAAAUAACUCAGGAAGAUGAGAACAUUCCUGAUGUUAUACCUGCAAAAGAAUUUUCUUUAAAUCAAGCAAAUGAUAUUAAUUUUUUUAAUGAUAUGAAUCAUAGACAAAUACAACAGCAUAAAAUUAACGCCCAAAAUGAACAACUUGAAAAAAUUGGAGGCAGUAUCAAAGUUUUAAAAGACAUGAGCCACCAGAUAAGUGGUGAAUUGGAUCAUCAAUCUGUGAUACUUGAUGAGUUUUCUAAAGAUCUUGAUCACACCGAAUCACGGAUGGAUAUGGUUAUGAAAAAAAUGGCAAAAACUAUGAAAAUCUCUUCAGACAAGAAACAAUGGUGGGCCAUUGCCAUCUUAUCACUCGUCCUCUUCAUACUUUUUAUCUUAUUUUUUUUAUGAUGAAACUCAAAUUUAUUCAUACACAUGUAAGAUUUUUCGAGUAAAAUUUAUUUGUAACACAGUUGAAGAUCGUCACUCUUUCCAUCAUUUUCUUUAACAUACUUUCGUAAAUAUGAUGAAUAACUAUCUUUCUGCUCUCCAUUCUAGCAAUGAUUUUAUUUGUGGGGAAAAAUAUUUAAAUGUUUUUAAUAUAUAUUUAUUAGCAUGAUUCAAUUAUUAUUUUAUUAUAUACAAUAUUGCCAUUG